UGCUCAUGCCAUGUGUUCAUUGUUUAUGAUUAGGGUGUCGCUCUCUGUGUACUGCAUACUCUUCCCUUAGCAAAACCUUUAUCUAUAAAGCGUUUGUAAGACUCUCUUACAAGCGGUGCCAGGCAAAUCGUCAGUGCACAAACUAGAUAAAACCGAAAGUAAAAGUAUUUUUUCUCUAUAUACGUCACAAGUCACAUUUGUGUGGAGGAACCUUAAGUAAUUUGAUAAUUUGGGACCUAGCAUCUUGUAGAAGCAAGAAAGAAAAUCAACUUAAUGAAUAUUUGCUCUACUUUUUAAAUUGCAGAUAGUUGCUGAUAAAAUGUCAAAAACUAAGAGAAAAUUAUCUGACCAAGAAGAAAGGAAAACUGGAAAGAAGAGAAAGAGUACAGAAAAUGAGGAGAAAUACUAUAAAGACAAUGUAUUCUGUCAGGUUUUGAAGAAAGCAGGACUAACACUCAAAACCGGAAAGACACCAAAUGUUCUCGAUGUUGACCAGGCUGUAUUUCAAAGAAAUCUACAAAUAGCAUUAAAGAGACGUGAUAAUUUUCCAUCGGUUCUUGAUGAGUUUAUUGAAGGAUUCCAAGAAUAUAUUGAAGAUCAGCAUAGGUUUCACUAUAGCUUACUUCCAACACAAACAUCAGACAAAUGUGAAAGUGCGCGAUGCAGCUCCCAGGACAGCCUUGUGAGGUUGUUGAUUGGAGUGGACGUUCUACAGUCCAAGAUGAUGAUGUGUCUCCUGGAGAAGCUAGCAGAAUUCAUGGAGAAUGAAGACUGUAUAGUGGAACAUGGAGAGAAAGUCAAUCUCCCUCGACUUCUGAUGAGUCAGUUCCGCUGGUUAGACAGGAUCUUGGAUUGCAAGGAGUUGGCAGACAAGAUGCUGGAGAUGAUCAGCAUUGUAUCAGUGGACAUCCAGAGAGAAAUCAUCACCUGUCUACCUGAGGUUGUGGAGGAUUCAGAGCACAGUCAUGUGGCCACAUCACUGAGGGAUCUACUGGUAGAAAAAAGCAGUCUCACUGUACCCAUCCUGGAUGCUCUCUCUAACCUCAAUCUCAACCCAGAACUCAUGAUGGAGGUUCGCGGCUCCGUACUACAGACUCUGUCCACAGUGGAGGUGGAGAAUUUACCUGUUGUGGUCCGCUUCCUUCUUCAGUCUGUCACCCCAGCUGAUGAUCAGGAGGUUGUCAUGGAAAUUCGACAGAACCUUGAUUUUACAUCCAGUUUUCCAUUAGCUACAUCCACACCCCAUGAAACAGUUAGCAGGAGACAGCUGUCUGGAGAUGAAACAAGAGGUGUAGAGUCUUUGACACUGGAUGCUAUCAAAUCAGGAAUCAGGUUUCAAAAGAGUGUCGCAGAGGCAUGGAUAAAGGCUAUAGAUUCUGUGAAGCAAACCUCUGACCACAAAGUAAUAGACUUGUUUAUCCUGCUGAUUUUAUACUCCACUGAUCGAAAGAAACCUGUAGAGAGCCUCAUCAGAAAUAAAAUCAGGUCAGGGGCCUUCACAGAGGUUCUGCUGCAGGAGGCCUUUAGGGAAAGGGCUCAG